GGCCCCAUCAGCUGGUAGGAAAUGGCCUGUGAGUCAGAGGGGCAGCCGAGUCUGCGGCGCGGAGCCUGGGCGGCCCCGGGGAGGGACCGUAGUGGGGAGGGGCGCAGUAGCCGCCGGGGGGCUGCAGACGCCAGGGCCCGCUAGUGUUGCACACGAAGCUGUUCAGAGAAGAACCUAGCAGAGCAGGGCUCUCAGCCUGAGCCACCCUUUGUCUGGGUUGGGGGGCCCGUGACAGGGAGGACUGGGGAUCCGAGGGGUGGGACCGGGACGGGACGGAAGGGCCCGGAGCAGCGGCCACCGCAGAGGAGCCAAUUUGGGAGCGGGGGUCCAGCUGAGCCCAGGAGCUGCACGGAAUGCUGGCAGUCACCUUGCCAGUGCAGCGGGCAUGGACCAGACUGCAACCUAGGGGAUCAAGGCAUCAGUCAGGAAGAGGGGACAUACGGCUAGACUUGACACCUCUUCAUCGGGAUGUCCCCAGGCCCCCCAGCCCAGGCCCAGCAUAAAGGCCGUGUGGGGGGGCCCCCCUGACCCAAGGGGGGACUUCAUGCGCCACGUGCAGGCGGAGCCAUCUCCAUCCUCAGAACCAGAGGCUGGCCCUUCACAGCCUCCAGUCAGACAGGGGGCCCUCCAGGGUGGCCUGCUCAUGGGCUACAGCCCAGCAGGGGGGGUAACAUCCCCCGGGGUCUACCAGGUAUCCAUCUUUUCCCCUCCAGCUGGUGCCUCUGAACCUCAUAGGGCUCUGAAGCGGCCAGCCCCACCCACUGAGGGUCCACGAGAGCUGAAAAGAGGCCCUGGGCUGGGGGUCAGAGAGGGAUUGCCCCCUGAAGAACCAUCUACUGUAGGACUAUUGGGCCUAGAGGGAUUGGGGCUGGGACUGGGUGUGGCCAGCCAACAUUUCUCCCAUCAUGGCCUCUGUGUUGUGGAACAGGGAGUUAGUGCCACCUCACCUUGGACUUCAGGGGCCCGGAGUCCUCCCAGGUCCCCAUCAAAUGCUUCCUGCAAUACUUUGCACACCAGAGACUGGGCUUCCCCUGAACCAGGGGGACAGGGGUCCCUGGGGCAGUCUCUAGGGACAGCCCCUUCAGGCCAACUGCACACACUUGACACUGAUUUGCACAGUCUUGCACAAAUAGGGGGUAAGAGCCCAGUGGUUGGGGUGAGAAAUGGGGGCAACCCUUGGCCCAGGGAGUCCCCUGGCACUGCCAAUGGGCACAGUCCCGAGCACACACCCCCUGGCCCUGGACCUCCAGGCCCCUGCCCCACCAAGCGAAGGCUGCUUCCUGCUGGAGAAGCCCCAGAUAUCAGCUCUGAGGAUGAGGGGCCAGCCCCUCGGAGGCGCCGGGAAACCCUGGGCCAUACUCUUGCUGCCAACAGUUCUGAUGCCAAAGCCACACCCUUCUGGAGCCACCUGCUGCCCGGGCCCAAGGAGCCUGUUUUGGACCCAACAGACUGCAGUCCCAUGGGACGGAGGCUGAAAGGUGCCCGUCGUCUGAAGCUGAGCUCCCUUCGAAGUCUCCGGAAGGGGCCAGGCCUGCUGAGCUCCCCCAGUGCCUCCCCCAUUCCAACCCCUGCUGUCAGCCGUACCCUGCUGGGCAACUUUGAGGAAUCAUUGCUUCGAGGACGCUUUGCACCAUCUGGCCACAUUGAGGGCUACACAGCAGAGAUUGGAGCUAGUGGGUCUUACUGCCCCCAGCAUGUCACGCUGCCUGUCACUGUCACCUUCUUUGAUGUUUCUGAGCAAAAUGCCCCGGCCCCCUUCCUGGGUGUCGUGGACUUGAACCCCCUGGGGAGGAAGGGUUACAGUGUGCCUAAGGUGGGCACCAUCCAAGUGACCUUAUUUAACCCCAACCAGACUGUGGUGAAGAUGUUCCUCGUGACCUUUGACUUCUCGGACAUGCCUGCUGCCCACAUGACCUUCUUGCGCCAUCGCCUCUUUUUGGUGCCUGUGGGUGAGGAGGGAAAUACUAGCCCCACCCACCGCCUCCUCUGCUAUUUGCUGCACCUCAGGUUCCGGAGCUCCCGCUCAGGCCGCUUAAGCCUGCAUGGAGAUAUCCGCCUGCUAUUUUCCCGUCGGAGCCUGGAGCUGGACACAGGGCUCCCUUAUGAACUACAGGCUGUGACUGAGGCCCCCCAUAAUCCACGUUAUUCACCUUUGCUCUGAUUACCAGCACUCUUGAAUCUAGGUUGGCCAAAAGCCUGCCAUACUGCUCCAUCCUGGACAGGGUAAACAUGUGGAGAGAUGGCAAGAGCCCCUUCAGGCUUAAAUUAAAGUCCUGGCCACACUCAUACCCAAAUUGAUUAUUUGGGAGUUUAAACCUUCUGAUCCUUCCACACCCUGCCCCACUCCAGGUACUUCCAUGUGCCUGUUUCCUUGGGUUUCUCAGGCCAGCUUAGGUAGAAGGGAGGAACCAGAGCCACCCUGAGAUUAUCCCAUGUUCCCAGGCAAGUCAUGCCAGCGUUAACUCCCUGUCCUGGGCAGGGGACAUCUAUUACUUUAUUUAUUUUUAAUUUAUAAUUUAUUCAAAUUGGAUUGCCUUGGUAACCUCCCAGACCUGAUCAUUGGUAUUACCCCUUCUCCUUUCCCACUCUCAGAUACUGCACCAACAUCAGGAGUUGGAGAGGCUGUUGUGGGGGCAGGGAUAAAUUGCUGUCCCUCAGUUAAGGACAGAGAGUUUAUUCCACAGUGACUGAGUCACUAGCCAAAGACUCAGCUUCCCCUGUCCUUCCCCAUUACCUUCAUUUCCCCUACCAUUUGACCCAUCUAAACGUCUAAUUUGUGUGUGUGUGUGUGUGUGUGUGCACACGCAUAUACAAGCUUGUGUUUGUGUGGUAUGUAUGUAUGAGACAAAGCAUGCAUGCAGACACACACACAUAGGAGUUAACUACCAAUCACCUAGGGCUUCACACUCAGUUGUUCCUGCCCUCUUGCUUGUGUCUCCUUGCUUUAGAGUCCUGACUGAGGAGGGUGUCAAAGGGGCAGAGUCAGGGCUAAGGACUGGGGUGCCUCCUCUCACUUGGCCAGACUCUGAUCCACCUACCUCAGCUGGGGUGAGGGAUACCCCUCAAACUCAGUCAUGUGGUUCCCAACUAUCCCAUUCUUCACUCCAGAUUCUGGCCCAGCCUCAGCUCUUAAAUCCUGAGGCCUGGCUGAGGGGAACAAGUGUUUGCUGAAACUUGAAGGAAAAAAAAAAAAACAAGAAAAACUGUACCUGGUACAUUUUUUUUUUAGAAAAAAAUAGAAUAAAUUUUUCUUUGAAAACUUGAA